GUGUAGUGUAGUGUUUAGUUGUAGUUUAUGUGUAGUGUAUAGUGUAGUUUAUGUGUGUAGUGUAGUGUUUAGUUGUAGUUUAUGUGUAGUGUAUAGUGUAGUUUAUGUGUGUAGUGUAGUGUUUAGUUGUAGUUUAUGUGUAGUGUAGUGUAUAGUGUAGUUUAUGCGUGUAGUGUGUAGUGGUGUGUAGUGUAUAGUGUAGUUUAUGUGUGUAGUGUAGUGUAUAGUUGUAGUUUAUGUGUAGUGUAGUGUAUAGUGUAGUUUAUGUGUGUAGUGUAGUGUGUAGUGGUGUGUAGUGUAUAGUGUAGUUUAUGUGUGUAGUGUAGUGUGUAGUGGUGUGUAGUGUAUAGUGUAGUUUAUGUGUGUAGUGUAUUGUAGUGUGUAGUGGUGUGUAGUAUAUAGUGUAUAGUAUAGUGUAUAGUGUAGUGUACAAGUACAGCACCACACCGGCGUGUUGGAGAGCCAAGCCGCAACAUUUACAAUCUGAGUUCGACGUUUCGCCAGUAAUUACCACCAGCUUCAUCAGGCGACAGCCGCAUGAUGGAUCGAUGUUGUAAACGGUGCGCGAGGCCGUACAUCAAACACGCCGAGCCGCAACAUUAGUGAGUGGUGGACAUUCCACAUUCCCAUGACCGGACCAAGGACAUCCAUUCUGUUAAACCGCCCAAUGUUGGCUUCUAGACAAAGCCUCUCUCGUGCGCUUGCACGGCCUCAACGUUAGUGAGUGGUGGACAUUCCACAUUCCCAUGACCGGACCAAGGACAUCCAUUCCGUUCGACCGCUAAAUGUUGGCUUCUCGACAAAGCCUCUCUCGUGCCCUUGCACGGCCUCAACUUGAGUCGGUGGUGGACAUUCCACAUUCCCAUGACCGGACCAAGGACAUCCAUUCCGUUCGACCGCCCAAAUGUCGACAUCUCGGCACGGCGCAGCCGCGAACUGAACUCGGAGACCAUGGCCAGAGUCGCAGCCAACGGCCGGAGAGACGCACGGCAGCAGCCGGCCAGCGCACGCCGGGACCACCGCAAGGGCGGCCACACCCACGAUCGCAAGCAAAGGAACGCCGCGGUCCACUCCUCCAAGGCGAGCAGAAAAGAGCACAAGCGUACAGCCGUGCCUCCACGAUCUCCACCUCCCCCGUCCCCACCUCCCCCCCCUGCCGCUUCAGCGGCGGCCAAGCCGUGCUCCACGCAGCCUGCGGUGCGGCGCUCCAGCCGGCAGCGCCGGGUCAAGCUGAAGUUGGACCCCAGUGAGGAGUGUGUGAGGAGGAAGCCGGUGAUAGUGAGGAACGUGCAGCAGCAGAAGGGGCAGGUGUUGGUGGAGAAGGAGGAGGAGGAGGAGGAGCAGCAGCAGGAGAAGGAGGUGGUGGAGAAGGAGGAGGUGGAGGUGGAGGUGGAUGUGGAGGAGGAGGUGGAGAAGAAUCAGCAGGAGGAGCAGGAGGUGAUGGCGCCCGUGGAGGAGGUGAAGUUCUCCACGGACGUCAAACGCGUCCUCAAGCCGCACGUCUGCCUGGAGUGUGGCAAGGAGUUCCGCCAGUCCACCGACCUGUUCCGCCACCAGACGCUGCACACGGGCGAGCGGCCCCUCAAGUGCGGCGCGUGCGGCAAGAGCUUCGCGCUGCAGGCCGACCUCAACCGUCACGCCAUCAUCCACACGGAGCAACGGCCCUACGCCUGCCAGGAGUGCGGCAAGGCGUUCCGUUGGUCCCAGAACCUGGUGCACCAUCGGCGCUCGCACAGCGACGUGCGCGAGUUCCAGUGCGAGGGCUGCGGCAAGGGCUUCAAGCACCGGCGCACCCUCGUGGAGCACCAGCGGGCGUACUGCGCACUACGGCGCCGGCCACAACGGUGGGGCGCAGCGCGGUGGUGA